AUGUCGAGCACUCGGAGCCGACGCUCCUCGCCAGCCGGCAGGGCGACCUUGGCUCUAGGUACCAUUGCCUUUUUCCACGCUGCAUACUCUGCUUACGAAUACUUUUCCAUUCGCAAGUCUCUCGGUUUGGUCUUGGCCGAUAAUGCCCUGCUUGCAGACCCAUCAGAAGGAGGUCUGCCGGCUAGCAUCCUCCUUGAGCUUCUACUCGCUCUGUUGCUCAUCGCAGUGGGCACGCUCAAGACUGCACAGCCUUUGAGGCAGAUUUCGUGGGCCGCAGAAUGGAAAGGCAGGACCAUCGAUCAGGUGGAAACUAGAUCAAACUUUAUGACUUUCAAUCAUAGAGGACCUUUCAUGUUGUCAGAGCCCAGGUUGGCAGAGCAGGCCGUGGUUGCCGCCAAGUCAUGA